AUUAGCUGUCAUUGAUAGAUGCUUCUCUCAAAAAACAAUUGAAGAAAUUUUAUCAUUGAUAGAUCGCUCAUAUUUCUUGUCUCGGGCGUCGAUUCACUGUUUCGUUUGAUAGAUUUAUUCUCCUAUCGGAUAUACUUUAGGCGCUAACCACAUUGCCCCCAACAUGUUUGAUUUUAUGCCUGAAAUAAGUUCCAAUUGUUCUACCAUGGUCUUCACUUAAACCCUUGAUAUAAACUCGUUCAUCAGUAGCAUUCUAAGAGAGAAGAAAGAAAGAUAAAUUCAUUCGAGACAAAAGAUAUACUAAUGGCAGCAAAUAGCGUUGCAAGUAAAACAGCAAGGAAAAUAGGGAUUGCAGUGCAGAAAGCAGCAAGCAGAAAUAAAGUAUGGUGGUACGAUCCCCACAUGGCUGCAGCCACAAGUGCCAUUGUUCAACGACUUCCAUUGGUUGAUCUCGUUGCUGAGAUCAGAGACGCCAGGAUUCCCUUGUCAUCCGAGUAUGAGCUGUUGAGGAAUUUUCCUUCUCUUUCUAGACGAAUUGUUGUCAUGAAUAAGAUUGACCUCGCUGAUCCAACACAAUUAAAGGGAUGGAUGAGAUAUUUUGAGCAACAAGACUGCAUUCCUUAUGGAGUCAAUUCCCAUAACAAGGACAGUGUGAAAGGGCUGCUCAAUUUUGUACAAGCUCAAGUUAGGGGACUGUGCAAAGGUAAUCAUCAUUCUAGUGAGACAAUAACAAUAAUGCUUGUAGGGAUUCCUAAUGUUGGUAAAUCAGCACUAGCUAAUUCUUUGCAUCAGAUUGGGAGGAUUAGUGCUGGAGAAAAAGGAAAGUUGAAGCAUGCAACUGUGAGUCCUCAGCCUGGAGAGACAAAAGACAUCAGCAGCUUGAAGAUUGGUAGCCACCCCAAUAUCUAUUUGUUAGAUACUCCUGGUAUUUUGCCUCGUAUCGUUCAUGAUGCCGAACUUUGCUCCAAACUAGCAUUGACAGGGGCAAUUAGAGACGGUUUGAUCGAGCAAAAGGAACUUGCUGUAUAUUUUUUGGCCAUUCUUAACUUAUGUGACCAAUAUAAGAAAUGGGCAAAAUUUUCAACCAAUCAGAGUAGGCUAGACCGCAAAGAAGAGGCCUCGAUUAGCUCUAAACUGGAGAUGAGACAGAAAAAGCAGUAUCCGAUGGAUCACACUCAGGAUCCGAUAGUCCAUGAUGUUCGUGGGGCUAUCUUUAAUACCAUUUCAUCUUUUGAUGGUAAUCUAGAACUCGAGGAAGACAUGAUAAAGCUUAUCAAGGCACAGUCGGUAGCAUUGAGGGCAGCUUUCCAUGUCCCGGAAGACGUAGGUGAAAAUGUUGACAAUAAAUCGGUGUUAAGUUGCUAGAUUUGUAUCGCACUGGGA